GUGGAGCCCUGACUGUCCCCGCCCCUCCGCGCAUGCGUCUUGCGCGGACAAGAUGGCGGCGCCCGUGGAUCUGGAGCUCAAGAAGGCGUUCUCGGAGCUGCAGGCCAAGGUGAUGGACACGCAGCAGAAGGUGAAGCUGGCCGACCUGCAGAUCGAACAGCUCACCAAGACCAAGAAGCACGCACAUCUCACCGACACGGAAGUGAUGAUGCUGGUGGACGAGACCCGCAUGUACGAGGGCGUGGGGCGGAUGUUUAUUCUUCAGCCUAAAGGAGUGAUUCAUAAUCAGCUCUUAGAAAAACAGAGAAUAGCCGAAGAGAAAAUUAAGGAGUUAGAGCAGAAGAAGUCGUACCUGGAGCGGAGUGUGAAGGAAGCAGAAGACAACAUCCGGGAGAUGCUGAUGGCCCGCAGGGCACAGUAGUGGCAGCCCUGGGUGGCACCCCUGCCUGCUCUGGGCUGACCCCCCCCACCCUCACCCCACUUUAAUAAAACAGUGCUGUGGU